UAUAAAGUCGAAUUAUUUCUUUUGACAACCGGAAACGCUCUGCCUUGGUGCCUGAAACGCUUCCGCUGCUGUCGAGGAAUUUACCGUGUUUACGGGAGCAGAGCGCACUUAGAAACAUCCGCGCCGUGAUUACAGCGGAAGUGCUUGGAACCAGGAAACACCGGGAGUCGGGGCAUGAGCUGCAGUCAUCCGAGGCGCUCUGACUUUUGAUUCAUUGCUCUUUUAUUUAGACGGACAUGGGGCUUUCUCCGAGCGUGGCGAUUCCCGGCGGAGGGUCGGAAGGAUACCACGUCCUGAGGGUCCAGGACCAGUCGCCGGGUCACUGUGCGGGACUGGAGCCCUUCUUUGAUUUCAUCAUUUCCACCGCCGACACCAGACUGAACAAGGACAACGACACCCUGAAGGAGAUCCUGAAGCUGAACGUGGAGAAGCCGGUGAAGAUGCUGGUGUACAGCAGCAAGACUCUGUCGGUGAGGGAGGUGACGGUCACGCCCAGCACCAUGUGGGGGGGUAAGGGCCUCCUGGGGCUCAGCAUUCGCUUCAGCAGCUUCGAAGGAGCCAAUGAAAACGUCUGGCACGUUUUGGACGUGGAACCCGAGUCUCCCGCCGCCGCCGCCGGGCUCCGAGCUCACAGCGACUACAUCAUCGGAGCGGACACGCUCAUGAGCGAGGACGAGGACCUUUUCUCGCUCAUCGAAAUGUACGAAGGGAAAGAGCUGAAGCUCUACGUCUACAGCACGGAGAGCGACAACUGCAGGGAGGUGCUCAUCACUCCCAACUGCGACUGGGGCGGUGAAGGCAGUUUAGGCUGUGGGAUCGGCUACGGUUACCUGCACAGGAUACCCACCUCGUGUUCACACAGAACUCCAGCGCUGCACCAUCAAGAUGGCCUCGCUGAGGUCAGUCUCUCGGCUGUGGUGCCCACUCAGCCCAUCUCUGUGGCGCCUGCUGGUUCAGAACCGGUGCCGUCGGACAGCUGGGACCUCACUGCUGUCCUCACCAGCGUUCAGACAGGAGCUCCGACUGUGGCGCUUCACUCUGCGAGUGCACUCCAUCCUGCCUCUGCUGCUCCACCUCCUGGUGAGGAGCUCAGUCCCACAGGGGUCCAGUGGCUCCACUCAGGGUCCGUCAACCUAAGCACAGGUCUGCCUGCCUUGACUUUACCAAACCUGCCAGGUGUCGGACAUGUGUUGCCUCCUGGAGACAUUUUAACACAAGGCCUUCCACCUGUUCUACCUCUGAACCUGCCAGGUGGUUUCCCUCCUGUGUCUCUACCUGCAGCGGAUCCCAUGCUCCCCUUCGCCGCCCCUCCACCUGAGCCACAAGACACCUUCUCCUCAGCCACUGUACCACUGAACACUUCCUCGCCGUGGUCCUCGCUGAUGCCCGAGUCAGUCAACAUCAUCGUGUCUUCAGAGUCUUAGAGGGACGGAUGUGUCUGUCAGACACACGAUCAUGGUGCAGGCAGAAAACCUCUCCUGGAUCUCAGUAAUUCUAUGUUUACAUGACUACGAUGCCAAGUCUGUUACCUUGAAUACUUUUCACUGCAAUACCGCACAGAGCCACACGGCGUCAGUCGAGGAGUCAAACAGCAGCUGGAGGAACUGGAAUGCACAGGCCAAUUUAUUGAACAUUAUUAUUCACUGGGAGCAAAUCCAGACAUUUAUUCUUCACUCUCACUGUACAGUUUGUACUCUGGAACCAACAGCCCUUGAAAAAUAAGAGCCAUAAAGCAGCAAAAUAAAGUAUUGGUUCUAUGAGGGGAGGAUCUAACGCAUUUGUACACAUCACUGCUGUAAAAAAAAAAAAAAAAAUCUGAGUUCACCUGUACAGUAUAUACGUUCCAAUUUCUCUUUAUUAAUAUCCCUGCAUAGGAUUAUUAUACAUUUCCAUUUUCUACAUUUGGUUAUGUUGUGCAUUAGACGUUAAGUAUGCUGCCCCCACCUACUGGUUUGCUACACAUUACAUUCUCAUGGCUAACAAACUCAAAUUAAAGCCUAACACUUGUAGAAAAGAAACGUUUGCCAAUCUUUC